CCUAGACUGCUUUUGUUGUAUUGAGCAACAGCCAGGUAUCACGGUCAUCAAGAUCCCUAUAAAUGUGGAUGGGAGACUCUGAUCAGCACUGUCACUGAGAGCCAGCACGUAUGGAAAUAUGACCAGCCACUCCCAGGGAAUUCAUCAGCUUUUACAAGCUGAGAAACGGGCCAAAGAAAAGUUAGAGGAAGCCAAGAAGAGGAAGGGAAGACGGCUGAAACAAGCAAAGGAUGAGGCACAAGCUGAGAUAGAUCAAUAUCGUCUGCAAAGGGAGAGAGAGUUCAGACAAAAGCAAGACUCUAUCAUGGGUUCUCAAGGUAACCUUUUAGUCAAAGUGGAUGAACAAACCAGAGCAAAGAUCAAUGGGCUCAUAAGCAACCACGAACGGAAUAGUGAGAAGGUUCUGCAAGAUCUCUUGGGGAUUGUUUGUGAAAUCAAACCGGAAAUCCAUAUUAAUUUUAGAGAGGCUGGCUCCCAUUGAUGGGAUAGACAGCGGUGAAUUAAACUUUAUCACACUAUAAAUGUGGUAUCAUUGAAGUUAACUGGCAUUGGAUAAUGUGCAUUUUUCAUGAAAAACAAUGUUGAUACUUUUUUUUGACUAAUUAUCUUGGGACAUUUUCUUACAAUAUAAAUAUGAUGGCUACCUUUAUUCCCCCUACCAAAUGCAGUUAGUCUCAAUCUACCCCCCUGAAAUCACACUACUUGUCUAACGUCCUUUACAAAAGGGAAUGUAGGGACAGAAUGACCAUUCAGCCUCUUGAAGCUGUAUCACCACUUAAUUAGAAAAUGGCUGAUUAGCAUCUAAAUCCAGAAGUUGGCGUGGAAAAAAUUCUGCUGCUGUCAAACUGAUUGAUCUUUGGUCUGAUUAGAUUAGAUUAGAUUAAUUACAGUGUGGAAACAAGUCCACACCGAUCCUCCGAGAGCAACCCACCCAGAACCGUUCCCCUACAUUUAGCCCUUCACCAAACAUCUCGGGGAACCUUGCAAAUAAGAAACAGUCAGAAAGGGAAAGUUUGUUUGACAUCAUUUGAAAUUCAGCUUCAUAGAACAUAGAACUCUACAGCACAGUACAGGCCCUUUGGCACUCGAUGUUGCGCCAACCUGUGAAACCAA